AUGACUUCUGCUCCCUCGCCGCCCAUUGCCACUUUACAAGAAUUAAGAGAUCUGAUUACAACAGAAAUUCUGCCAGGAACAUCUGACACGCCAGAUAUUCAAGUAUUUCAAAAUUAUUCUUCUGUGCGUCAUACGCCAGCAUUCGCUGAUGAUGAAAAUCUACCAUGGACCAGUGGAAUACACAAUAAACAGUCUCUUGUAGCUUACAGCGACACAGACGAAUCUUCCGACACUGAAACAAAAAGCAAAUUUGUGCAAUCUAAAAUUAACAGCAAAUUUUUAUACAGACCUUUUCCAGUACGAAGUUUGAGGAUUUAUUCGUCUACUGAUUCAGAAACAGACGUCACGAACGAACGAUCCAAAGUAGUAUCUGUUCCUCAGUCUCCACAAACUUUUGAGGUCGCCGUAGAUGUACAUCUGUCUCCUAAAUCAAAAAUAAACCAAGUACCUGAAAGAUCCGAACAUAUUUUACUUCUAUCUCAGCAUUCAAAAUCAAUCAUUUCAGCAAGUCCGACAAUUUCAUACCUAUCUCAACCUCAAUGUACAUCUACAAGCCCGAGAAAUUCAUCACAAGACUCACCAGAUGAAGAUAACGUGUCUUUAGCACAAUUAAGUACAAAAUCUCCAUUCCAGAAAUUUAUGCCAACACCUGAUUAUGGCGAUAUUAAAACUAGACCACGAAAAAGCCUUAAACUAUAA